CGCAAAAACUAGUUUUACUUAUCCAAUAUUAGUUUUACAAAGUUUUACUUAUCCAAUAAUCAUUUUAAAACGUUCUUUAAGUGUAUUUAUACAAAUUAAUUAGUAAAUAAACCAAUUAUCAUAAGACUAUGUUUCAAAAGUGUUAUUAAUUAGUGUUUUACUCACAGUUUGCUUCAAAGUUUAAUUAUUAUUUUUUCUCUGGGGGCUCCUUAAAAUGCGAAUAAUGAGUCUCACAGAUCGCAAAAUCAUAAACAAGAUCCCCGGGAUGCUCAUUUCGCGUCCUGAUGGCGAAAAACAAGGCUUUAUUGAUAAUUUGAGCUCCAAAACUAAACCGGAGUUGCAGGAGCUCCUUGAACGUCAACAGAAGUUACUCCGAAACAAACAAUUCAUAUCAAAACUGCCCGAUAAGGGUGCAAAAAUUCAAGAAUUCCACGACAAAAUAGUGCGGGAGCUGGAAAGCAAAGAUUUAGUCGAAAAAACGUGCCAGGAUUUGUUGAAACUCGAAAUUUCGAAAAAAUAUGUCCUUGAGGACAUCGAAUGGGGCAAAAAGGGCCAGGAUUAUGAAUAUAUUGAUAGCGACGACGAUGAUAAUAAAGAUAAUAAUGAUAAUGAUGAUAAAACAUUAAAAAUUCUGGCAAGGAACGGCCCUUAUAAAAAACAGAUUAAAAAAAUUGUACCCGAAAAGCCCUUAAUUACGGUAAAGGACUUACAAGAUAUUACAGGGGAAAAUAAUUUAUCUAAAGAAAAUCAUUUAUCUUUACCUAAAGAAAGUCCUUUAUCUUUAUUGCCUCAUGUGAAAUAUCUUCUCAAAAAAGAUGAAAAUUCCCAAAAAGAACUCAAGCCCAAAUUUUUACCCUACAAAUCUACGAAAUCCGACGUACACAACCCUUUCAAAGAAUUAACCCGGUGUCAAAAACUAAAAAAAUUCGAGAUCACCGCAGCCACUCCCCCGCCGUCAAUCAAUGGCCCUGUUAAAUGUUUGACUUUGUUAGAAUCUUGGCUUUGCAAAAAGAACAGGAGGAACAUCGAAAGGAAGUGGAACUGAAACACGCCCAACAGAAAUUACUCGAGGAGUUCGCUCCGAAUUCGUCGAAUUUCCAAAAUAAUCAAAAUCCAAAAAUUUCUGGAACUUACCGAGAAUCCAAGAAAGAAAUUCAAUCCGAUGAUGAAAAUGAAAAUGAUGAAGAAGUCGAAGUUUACGAUGAUGAAGAUGAAAACAACGCUGGCACGAUACGAUAUACGGU